AUGUUUUUUCCUUCAUGUAGUUUGAAGGAUGAUGAGCCUGAAAUGACUGUAAAAGACCCAAGUGCUUGUAGCAUAAGCAAAAAGUCUCUGAAAACCUCAUGUACGUCGUCAACCGCACGUAAACGGCAGUUGGAGUUGGAGGCUGCUAAAGCUAAGGCCGCUGUUGAUAUGGAACUAGCUGAAGCUGAAGCGGAAGCCAAGAUUAAUGCUGCGAAGAUUAAGGCAAAUAUUAAGUCCGAGCUGCUCAACAAAAAGCUAGCAGCCGAGAUGGCAGAGUUAGAGUCUACAUCACACCGUUCCAGUAAGUCUGCUUCUCAAUCUACUAACAGCAAAGUAGAAGACUGGCUUGAUAAUACAGUGGGCCAGCAAGUGGAGCAUCAAGAAGAUUGCUGUCGUGACAGAUCCAGCAUUGAAAAGCUGGCAAAUGCCCUACGUGAUGCAGUGACCACCUCAUCAUAUAAAGCGCAGAACCAAGAGCUUUUAACCAGGCUAGCAACCUCUAAAGACUUACCUUCAUUUUUGGCGAUCCAAUGGAGUGGUUACAUUUUAAACAGGCAUACA